GAGAGAUGGAAGGUAAACUAGCACAUGACUACAUGUCCUCCACAAAGAGCCACCUGACGUCACCGCGCCGCAUCUGCGUCUUCACCGGACCGGUGAUCGUAGGCGCCGGACCGUCGGGACUAGCGACGGCGGCUUGUCUCAAAAAGAAAGGAAUAUCUUCAGUAAUACUCGAGAGAUCAAACUGCAUAGCGUCACUAUGGCAGCUCAAAACAUACGACCGUCUCCGUCUCCACCUUCCAAAGCAAUUCUGUGAGCUUCCGCUUAUGCCCUUUCCCGCAGGCUUCCCAACUUAUCCGACAAAACAGCAGUUCAUCGAGUACUUAGAGGACUAUGCCCGUAGGUUCGAUAUACGACCGGAGUUUGGUCAGACGGUUGAGUCUGCGGAGUUUGAUGAAAUCCUCGGGAUGUGGCGUGUGAGGAGCGUGGGUGAAGACGGUACGACGGAGUAUGUUUGCCGGUGGUUGGUGGCUGCGACGGGAGAGAAUGCAGAGCCGGUGGUGCCUAGGUUUGAAGGGAUGGAGAAGUUUGCGGCCACGGGGGUGGUUAAACACACGAGUCAUUAUAAGACCGGUGGAGACUUUGCCGGGAAAAAAGUUUUGGUCGUCGGAUGUGGAAACUCCGGCAUGGAGGUUUGUUUGGAUCUAUGCAACUUUGGUGCUAAGCCUUCUCUCGUUGUCAGAGACGCUGUGCACGUCCUACCACGAGAUAUGUUGGGUACUUCGACUUUUGGGCUGUCCAUGUUGCUACUCAAAUGGUUGCCCAUCCGGCUCGUUGACCGUUUCCUCUUGGUUGUUUCCCGGUUCAUCCUCGGGGAUACAACCCUGUUAGGUCUUAACCGACCCCGUUUAGGCCCAUUGGAACUCAAAAAUCUCACCGGCAAAACCCCGGUUCUGGACGUGGGGACGCUUGCGAAGAUCAAAACAGGAGAUAUCAAGGUGUGUUCCGGGAUAAAAAGGUUAAAACGGCACCAAGUUGAGUUCGAUAACGGGAAAACGGAGAGAUUUGACGCCAUCAUAUUGGCAACUGGCUACAAAAGCAACGUACCCUCUUGGCUAAAGGAGAAUAAAAUGUUUAGUAAAAAAGAUGGAUUCCCAAUGCAAGAGUUUCCGGAGGGAUGGAGAGGGGAAUGUGGGCUAUAUGCGGUGGGGUUCACAAAGCGUGGGAUCUCCGGAGCAUCAAUGGAUGCAAAGAGAAUAGCUCAAGAUAUAUACGAGUGUUCAAGAAAAUAUAAUCAAGCCCAUAGACAUAUACAAGUCUUCAUGUCAAGAAAACCUGAUCAAGCCUAUAGUAGAUUACUAUAGACGGUUGAGAGAUGAAAGGUUUCUAUCAGAAUCAACAUAACUUGAAGACGGGUAGCAAUCAAAAAAGACAAUUGAUGGUUUGGAUUUCAAGGGGAGGAUUGGGGAGUGAUGUUAAUUAAGGCUUAUCUCCAGCUGCAAUGCAAAUUGGGGAAAAGAAACAAUGAAAAUGAAAUUUAGUGAGAGUGAUCGUGGUGGACAUUGAUGAUCAUCUGUCCCGAGAAGAGGAGGGGACCCUCCCUCUCUUUGCAUGCUUAUAACCCACUUUGUAAAUCUUUCUAUACUUUCUUUCUAUGUUUGCUUUUCUUUAGUUUCCUUAGUUAGGUAUGCUCUUUGUUUUUCUUAGCUUUUUGGUUCAAUUUAUUUUGGCAGAGUAUUGUGGUAUUUUGUUUUCCUUAUAUACAUAGUUAUUUAGCGAAAAC